AUGAGUGGUAGUAAUUGUAGUUUACGUAAUUUCCCAUUACAACAUCAAGAUACCGUUUUGAAUAAUGAAAAAUCAGGGUCGGAAUGGAAAAAUGUACCGUUCCAUGUACCCAGUGAAUUUUUAACGAAUCCAAAUAAAAGAUUCCAUGAAAUUAUCGGGGAUUUAAAUGAUGAGAGGAUAUCGAUACCCAUCAUCGACUACGGAUACAAAUUUGAAAAAGAAUCGAAUGAAAAACACGAAGAAUAUUUUCACGGGGAUCCGGAAGGGAUUCGAAAACACGAUUAUAAUUUUCAAAUCGACCAUGGUGGUGGCGGUUUUGUACGGGAUCAUUUUACGCGACACGAAAUCCCCGAUUUUGUUGUUCCAACUGCCACACCUUUGAAAAUAGUAGGUCGACACCGAGAAGAGCAGGAAUCAGUUAUAGAAUCGAAAUUUUUACCCUGGGAAGAAUCAAAAUUUAUAUUAAAUGACGAAUUAGUAGCUCGAAGUGAUGACGUUGAAUCCUUUCCGGAAAAACUUAUAUUUCCUUUCGAACAAAGUUCUAUAUAUGAUUUUAAAGUGGAAAGAACAAACGAUUCGAAUAACGACAAACGAGGAAACAAUCAAAAUCAAAAAAAUAAACAAAAAACAAACGGGAGAAAUAAACAACAACAACAACAAACAAACGGGGGAAUGAAAAAAACAAUAAAUAACGUUAAUUUUAUUAAUAUCGAAGAACUUUUUCCAAAGCAGAAAAAUAACAGUAAUGGCGGCGGUGGUGGUGGGGGUGGGGGUGGGGAUAACAACCACGCAAACUUUAUAAAAAAUCAUUUCAACGGUGAUAAAUUACGUUUUCAUAAUUACAGAUUGAACAGACAUAAAAAUUUCAACGUUAAAGAAUUGGAAAAUUUAGAAAGGGAUGAAAUCGUUUUAAAUGAAAAAAAAUUUAACGCGAGACAAUUAUUUUCGCGACAAAAAAGACAAACGAAUAAUGAAAAUCGGGAAAGUGAUGUUGUUGUUGGAUUCGAACAACCGACAAACAAAAACAAUCAAAUACGUAAUGGAAAUUUUUUUCAGCCGAGAAGAACCGAAAAUAUUUUUGCCACAGAUGACGAGUAUUUAAUAUUAGACGUGGAAAAUUCGGAAAAACACCCGCCGCGGAAAAAUAAAAAACCCGUCAAUUCGAAUGUGGGAUACGGUGAGGAGUUGUCGGUGAAUUUUCAUCACAACAAACCGGAAAAUUCUCAUUUUACGAAUGGGGGUAAUACGAAUUUUCAUCCCGAUUAUCAAAAUUUCAAACCGAACCAUCAUCAUCAUCAUCAAAAUUCCAUGGGUUCAAAUUCUUAUUUUAACAAUAAUGAAAAUUUAGGGAGACCGACGCCUUACAAUCCCUCGACCGGAAAUUUAAAUUUAGGAACCGGAUAUGAUCCUUCUGGUUCUUUUCAACAUUUCAAUGGCAGAAGACCUCCGGGCCCAUUAAAUCAAAAUUUUCAAAAUGGAAAUCAAUAUCUCAACAAUUAUAAUAAUUUCAAUAAACAACCGAAUAACAGACCGUUGACAACAACAACAACAACAACAACCUCUGGUGUAAAUUAUUUUAAUGGUCAAGAACUCUUCGUUAAUGGAAAUUCCUUCAGGCCAUCAAGAGAAGAAAGUUUUCAUUUUCACAGAAAGGAUUUCAAUUCGAAAUUACCACCACCAAAUGAUGAUUUCCAAGAAUUUCACAAACCUACGAGUUUUAAUAACGAAUUUAUUACAGGUCAACAAAGUUCACAAUAUUCAAUUUAUCAAAAUUACCACGUGGCAUCAAAUGAUGGCAAUAAUAAUAAUAAUAACGGGGGAAAAUUUUUCAAUUUAAAAGAAAUUUCGCAACAAGAAUUUUUUAACAAACCUGAACCCCCCCAUCGACAAUAUGUACAAAACGAUGAUGAUGAUGAUGAAAACACUAAAUCCAGGCCAAACGGAAAUGGAAAACCUCAAACAACCACUGGAACGACAAAACCUUCUCGUCGCCCUAAUCAUUCUCACGGUGAACACAUGAGUUUAAUCGAUAAACCGUCGAGGAAAGAACCAACACGACCUGAAAAAAAUUCGAAAAAACCCGACAGAAACACCAGUUCUACCACUCCAGCUGGAAAUUCCUGGAAUUGGCCAAAUGAUCAUUCAUCAAAACCCAACUCGAACCGUUUGUAUCCAUCGUCGUACCAACAUUAUAACCUCAAUUUCGUAUCGUUCGUUGAUAUAAUUUUCUUUUUGCAGACGAUGAAAACGAAACCGGAAAUCAAUUUUCUAAAGACACGAACAAAUCGAAUAAUCGCACGUAUGGUAAAAAUUUUAAUCGUCAUCCUAACAUAA